GUUGAACCGUCUUGAUAACGUCUCAAAAUUGAAAUUAAAAAUACGAAAUACAAACACACUACCAAGUUAGAAGUUCUGAACGGUCUUUUAAGUUUUUUUUUUUUUGAGUAACUACUAUUUCCAACGAAACUUCCGUGAGGAUCUUGUGCGAAUGGUGUGAAAAAGUACUCGACGAUGUUGUCGUUGAAAAUUUGUCGAGACUUGUCCAAGUGCCUGGUGGCAGUUGGUCGAUGUUCAAUAUUGCAAUCGCGUCUGCCGACGUGCGGGCCCACCGUGAUUCGACGGAGUUAUGGUGACCAUAGUGGCACCGUCGGUGGUGGUCGCGAUGGAGGCAAAGGCAAUGACGACGACGACGACGGAUUUGUCAAACCCAGCAAUUACAAGGUGUUCAAAGAUGAUGACUCGUCAGUGAUUUUGGACGUGGAAGAAGAACGUGCUCUGCUUAAUUCGCAGCUGUCUGCCGACGAUACUCGUUCAGAUUUUGAAGAAAUCGACCAAUUUGCUGGUUUUGAUAUUUCGCGUGGCGUAUCCGGAGUAUUCGAAGUGGAGCAUCUAGUCGAAGUUCUUCAAAAAAACAACGCCUCGGAUCUGUUCGUCGUGACUGUUCCUGCCAAUGUGAGGUACGUCGACUACAUCGUAAUAGCGACAGGUAAAUCGCAAAAACACUUGAUGUCCAUCGCCGAGUUUGUCCAUAAGCUUUUUAAGAAAAAGCGCCGACCAUCGGAUAGCAUACCCAGAAUAGUGAACAAGAAACCUAUCGACUGGAUUGCGUUAGACAUAGGUAAUAUAGCUGUACACUUAUUAACAAAAGAUGCUCGGAAGAAUUUCGACCUGGAGACAAUUUGGAGCGUUGGAGAAAAGUUCGACUCCCACCUAAAUAGGCCAGUGGAUUCGUUGGUCACUUUAUUGAACGAAAAUUCGUUUAGUUUAGAUAAUUUAGAACCAGUUGAUUUCGAACAUGUAAAAACCCACUAAUUUGUUGCCGUACGAUUUUACUCAGUCAAUUGUAAAUAUCUUUUUGAAUAUUUUAUGUAAUUUAAACCGAGAUUAUUGUUUUUAUCGUGAAAAUUAAAAAAA